UAUAAAUUUUAGGCGCUCAUAAAAAUUUAAUUUAAGUUUCUUGUAGAUAUUUUUUUUUUGAUAAUGGUAAACAAACUUUAUGAGUAAUCUUAUAUUACAUUUUCAAAUCUUAGAUUUAAAAAGAAAAAUUUUCAUGAAUUCUCAACUCAAAAUAAUUUGCUAAUUUUCGUGAUUUUUCAGUAUUUUGUAAAAUUUGAACUUUAAAUGCUUAUAAAUAAAAACUGUGACUUAGGAUUUUUAAUUUUUUUCAUCUGCCUUUGAAACAAUAACCUAGGAGCCUUAUAUUAAAUUUUCAAGCUUUCAACCGAUAAAAUUGUAUUGAUAUUUAUAGAAAAAAAAACUAAAAAAAAUUGAAAACUGACAAUGUUCGUAAACAGCUCAAAAAGAGUCAAAAUAUUUUCAAAAUUUUAUGGUGUAUAGAAAAUGUUAGUAUAAACAUUCAGUCAAAAUGUCAUGUCCCUACGGUCAUUUGUUUUAGAGUUACACCAAAAACCAAAAUCGAUUUUAUCAAAAACAGAUUUUGCGUAAAAAUUCCCGUUUUUCCUUAAUUUUUCUUUUGUUUUUCACAUCGAUUUUGAAAACUACUAGGAAAUUUUUACUUUUGACCUCCCAAAGUACCAACUAGAUUCACUUUCCUAUCAGAAAAGUUACUGUUGAAGAAAAUCCAAGCACUUUUACUGUCCUAAAAGGUGAUGACAGACACAAAAAUAAAAAAUUAAAAAAAAAAAUUAAAAAAGAAAAAGAAAACACACAUCAUUGUAAAAUCAAUACAUUCAUCGCUUCGCUCAGAAUCUAAAAAAUAGGGUAAGCAAACUUAAAAAAUAACUAUAAUUUUAACGCUAAGCGUAACGAGGAGAAUCAUUCGUUUAAGGGGCCUCGCUAUAGCAUUGAUUUAAGGAGAAUCAUUUUUUCAAAGAAAAUCAUUUCAAUUUCUAAUCUCGUCGUCGCCACCCGAGAUCUAUCUUAGUCAUAAAUGAUUAUUAGUGUGUAUGGCGUCAUUGCUGGUCAACAUUUCAGUAUGUAAUAUUGUGAUCAUGAAAAAAUUUUUAUUUUUCACUCCAACAUUCGAUUUUAAUUCCAACAAUACGUUGCAACGAAGGGGCACGGCUGCUUUCGGGGUCCAGUGGCCACAGCGAGGCAGACACUGUGCACAAUUUAAUAAAUGUAUAAUAGUACCUACUUAUGUUGAUUAUUUAUUAUCCUUUUAAAUAUCAAAUUUAUUUGUAUUGACUUGUAUUAACGAAAUUGAAAAUAAUUAAUAAUAAAUAGCCUUCUUUUGGUCAAUUUUGAUAUCAAUCAAUUUUGUCAUAUCACUUCUUAGUGUUAACGUGGAUUUGUUUUUAGGUUUGCUGUUGAUUACAAUACAUUAUAUUGGUGUCUUAACAAUCAAUAACGAUGGGUCAAUUUGAAUGUACAAAUCGCAUAUACAACAGCAAUGAUGAGCUUAUUAUACAAUAUUCUACUACUUAUAGUAGCUACAAUAUUCCACAAAAUGCUCUUAAUGCUCUGUUUAAAGUGCUUAAAUAUGAUGCUGGUCUUUCGUUUUUACCAAAAGAUUCUCGUACAUUACUUCAGUGUAAAUCUACAAAAAUAACAAAUUUAAGAAAUGUAGAGCCAGGAGGUUAUUACUAUCAUUUUGGUUUAAGUGCUGGUAUAAUAAAAUAUUCAUCUAUUCUGUCUUUGCCUGAUGUUAUUAAACAAUCCAAAUUUUAGCCUUUAUCAAAAAACAGUUCAAGCCAAUUUUGGCCCAUAUUAGCUUACAUAGUUCCUCAUCAUGAACAUGUCUUUCCUGUUGGAAUAUAUCACGGUCAUCAGAAACCACAGAAUAGUGAUGACUUUUUAAAAAAUUUUGUUUCAGAAGCUGUUUUCCUUACAUCUGAUGGUAUUUAUAUUAAUAAUAUAAAGAAAAAUGUUGUUAUAGAAGUGAUAUGUUGUGAUGCACCUGCGAAGGCCUUCCUCAUGAAAGUUAAAAGUCAUUCAGGGUUUUUUUCUUGUACACGCUGUACAAUUGAAGUAUGUGGACUGUUGUGUAUUUUGAAGCUGAUAAUACGGUAGACGUUGUACCAAACUUUUGGUUCAAGAACGGUUUAUGUGAGUGGCCUAAUAAAACCAAUAGAAUGGAUACCAAAACAACAAUUAAACGUAGGAUUAAACCUGAUGAAAUACAUUUUAAAAAACAUAAGGCAAGGGUUAUGUUGACCAACAUUGCUAGCUUUGAAGAAGCUGAAUCCAAAGCAACCAAGGCACAAGUAACUUCAGAAUUGUCAUCUAAUGAAGAUCAUAUUAUUAAGGCUACAAAAAGUGUCAAAAGAACCAAAAAUAACAUACCCACAGAAACAGUUGUAUCAAAAUUACUAAAUCCUCCAAUAUACUUAGAAGAGUCUGAUAACGAAUCAACAGCAGAUGAUUCUGAUAAGGAUAUAAGUUAUAGACCAGGAAAUAUAUCUGACACGACAUUGUUACAUGAUUCAAAUAAUAAAUCUCUUGAAAAUGAAACUGAAACCACUGGUAAUGGGGAAAUUGAUUUAGAGACUACCAUUGAUAUUCCUGAAUUUUCUGGAUCAGCACAAAAAAGAAUGAAAAUGUCUUACAAAAAUGAUCAUUCAUUAUCGACCCAGGAAAACCACAUUCCAGAACAUGGCUUAUUUAUUUCACCAUCAACUGCUGCAGAAAAUGAAACUGAUCAAUCUUUCAAAAAAUUCAUAAAAAGAUCUCUUACAACUCUAAAAUAUGAUGUUGAAAGUAUACAUAAACGUAUGGAUGUUUUUGAAAUAUUACUGGAAAAAAUUGAUGACAAGCUUUCAGCAAAGUCAAACAGUUUUGCUGAAACUUUUGCCACUCAUGAAGACAUUAAUAUAAUAGAAACUGACUUCGAUCUUAGUCAAAUGGAAAACAAAUUAACUAAUGAUUCCUUGUACAGAUCUUCUGUGGUAUUCAAAACUUUAUCUCGAUUUUUGAGCAACUCUCUGCCAGAAACCAUCCGCAAAAUGAUGCAAACAUUGUUUAGUGACACAUUUCUCAUGAAUUACUCUUACAUUGGUUUCAAGGGAAAAAAUCAAUUUUCAACUUUACAAAGUUGCAGUAUUAUAUUUGAAGCAGUCCGCUCUAUAAAAAAAUUUGCAGACAUUCCAAAUAUGGAAGUAGAGAAACCAUUGAAGAAUUGGAUAGCUCAAGCUGCACAGCGAGAAAAACUAAAAAAACAAAAAAAUGAUCAAAAAUGAACAUGCCAUUAAUUAAAAAAAUUAA